GUUUCAGUAGAGCCUGAAGCUGAAAACAGUCCCCUGCGCAGGGAGCAGCAGAGCUUGCAAAGUCCUCUUUUGCCGUCGAAAGGACUUUCCAGCGAUGCAGGGUGAUCAGCCUCAGGAGGCUGCUGUAGAACCAGCGUCUUCAACUGAUGCCCAAGGAGAUGGACCGAAAGAUGCUUCAGACAUAGCACCAGCUAUUUCUGAUGCAGAUGCCUUAAAAAUACUGCUGGAGAUGAAGAUGAAGAAGAGACAGAAAAAGCCCAGCCUCCCGAGUACUGUGACAGAACUGGCCACGGAGGAGGGUUCUAAAGUAUAUGUGGUUGGCACGGCCCACUUCAGCGACAGCAGCAAAAGAGAUGUAGUGAAGACCAUACAAGAGGUCCAGCCUGAUGUGGUUGUGGUGGAGCUAUGCCAAUAUAGAGUUUCGAUGUUAAAAAUGGAUGAGAGAACGUUACUAAAGGAAGCCAAAGAAAUCAAUCUGGAGAAACUUCAGCAAGCUAUAAAGCAGAAUGGCCUCAUGUCUGGAUUAAUGCAAAUGCUGCUGUUGAAGGUGUCAGCGCACAUCACAGAACAGCUGGGGAUGGCUCCGGGAGGAGAGUUCAGGGAGGCUUUCAAAGAGGCUGGCAAAGUACCUUUCUGCAAGUUUCAUCUUGGGGACAGACCAAUACCAGUCACAUUCAAGAGAGCCAUCGCUGCACUUUCUUUUUGGCAAAAAGUCAAGCUUGCCUGGGGCCUGUGUUUUCUCUCGGAUCCAAUUAGUAAAGAUGAUGUGGAAAAAUGUAAACAAAAGGAUUUGUUGGAGCAAAUGAUGGCAGAAAUGAUUGGGGAGUUCCCUGAUCUUCAUCGAACAAUCGUUUCGGAAAGGGACAUUUACUUGACUUACAUGCUAAAGCAAGCAGCCAGGCAAACCGAACUACCUCGUGCUUCUGAAGCUGAACCUAGAAGAUGUGUCCCAUCGGUUGUAGUUGGAGUAGUUGGCAUGGGUCAUGUGCCUGGGAUUGAAAAGAACUGGAAUACCCACUUGAACAUCCAGGAAAUAAUGAGUGUGCCUCCUCCCUCAACUGCAAGUAAGAUCCUCAAGUUUGUCAUAAAGACUACUGUAUUUGGACUGGUGGGCUAUGGCUGCUACAGGAUAGGACAAAGGACAGUGCAAUUUAUUCUCUCUAUGCCUGUUGCGCAGAGCUAUCUUCAGAAACUGGCAGACAUAAGCCCCCGGCAGUGAAUUGGAAGACUCUCUACAAGAAGCUGGGGCAAAGAACAGUAUUGGUUAACAAGUAGGCUGGAAAAGAACAGUGAAAGGCUACUGUCCCAGGGUUUCAUCUGAUGCCAAGUUACAGUGUAACCAAAUGGAGUGGCGUUAAAUGCAAAAUGCGACACAAGCUGUGUGACCUAAAUGAAAAGCAGUCACCCACCACCAUGAUAAAAUAUGUGGCAUAAAAGAAGUAGAGGCCACUGUAAGGUACCUGAUACAUGUACGCAGACACAUAUCGGUAUGUGUAAAUGACAUAUUUAUAAAUAUGAUUGCAGUACAUGGAUAAUAUCAGGUCUAAUAUUGUUAAACACAAUCCGCUGGGAACUUCUUGUACGCAAGUGCCAUUGAAAUGAAAAAGACCUAUGCAAGAAUGCAGCAUUCCAUUUCAGUGAGCUUGCUGGUGGCUUGUGACCUUUGUUCUCUCCUGUCUUCCCUCCCCCCCCCCGCCCCAGGAACAGAGCAACAUACAACAUAAGGUAUGUGUGUUUUCAAUAUAAAUCAUAUCGAGUUAUCCUUCUUGGUGCUAAGCACCUAUAUAGCUACUUCUUACAAGAAGACUUUUAUACUUAAUGGUUUUUAAAAAAACAACAACAACAACAACAAACUGAAUACAGAAGCUUUUGAAAAAAAUCAGAAACUUGUUGAUAAAUCUCCAAAUAGCUUUAGGAGCCUUAAGGAAUAAAAUUGUACGCUAUUGGCAUCAUCCAACUCCUUUGAAAUCCCAUCCGUUUUAGUAGAGAGCUUAUACAUGUAUUCAGCUCUUCCACACAGCGAUUUUCUCCCAAUUUGGCAUUCAAAUUGGAGCGGUGGUUUUUUUGGGUGGGGGGGUGGGGUUUGGAUCCCCCAUGCAAUAUUAUCCCAUGGUCAUAAUCCCACGUUUCUACUUUUUGCAGUGCUCUUUCCCAAACUCGUUUUGGGAUGAUCUUUUCGGAAAGGUUGGCAUCAAAGCAGAUUGGCAUGGUAUGUAGAUGAAAAGGUUGCGUUUUGAUAGGACCUGGCCACACCUGCACCAUUUUUCUUGCCUCAGGUUCCACCGCCGGUAGCCACCAUUUCCCCUACUAUCAGAGAGCUUUUCCAGGCUGUUUGUAGCAAUCAGCAGUUGACAUUGCUGUACUGCAGUAGUAUCUGCAAGUUCCUCUGAAGCCCCAGCUUUGUUCUGAAUUUUUGCAGAACUAAAUCUCUAGCUCUUUCCAUUGCAGAUAUAUAUGCCUUACCCCUUCUCUAACAAAAGGGGCUAAAGACUUCUUUAAAAAAACAAGAUCUGUGUAUUUAGAGGAACUAGUAGAUAGAUCAUUGUAAUGCUAAAACUCUCAGUUUUUAAAGAAAGCCUGGGGGAGAGCAGAUGAAGGGUCCUGAGGUAAGGCAAGGCAAGUGCAAGGGGUAAAACUGCUUUGUAGCUGUCAGAGAAUCAGCUCAGAACUGAAGCCCAGCAGAUUUUAAGCUGCUUAACUUUGGCAGGAUGGUGCUUUUCUGCUUUUUGGCCAAUAUUUCCCUUUCCCUUUCAAGAAAGAUGUUCCACUGCAGACUUUUAUUUUUUUAGUCGCAGUUGGAUAACUUCUGAUGUUUACAGAACACACAGUUUUCUGGAUUGGAUAAUUUUAUUCCUGUUAUUAAACCAAGUCCUUUUGGCAUGUAUUUCAGUACUGCAAAAUUGUCAAGACUGAUCUCCGUUACUGUCGCUUUCUUUCAUCCCUUCCUUGGGAAAAAAAAAUGAUUCUGGAACUGAUCUCUGUAGUAUUUGCCCCUCAUUUUUCUGGAUGCCGUGUAAGUUCCAGCAGAAUGCAAUAAAAGACUGGUUUAAAAAAAAAAA